GUUCAUCAUGGAGAACGGCGCCAAGGGCGUGGAGGUCAUCAUCAGCGGAAAGCUCCGAGCACAGCGAGCGAAGGCGAUGAAGUUCAGGCAAGGCUAUCUCAUCUCCACAGGUGAACCCAAGAGGCACUACAUCUCAGAAGCUGUCCGCCACGUGCAGAUGCGCCAGGGUACCAUUGGCAUCAAGGUCAAGAUCAUGAUGUCCCACGACCCUGAGGGCAAGAUGGGACCAAAGAUGCAGCUUCCCGACAACGUCAUCGUCCAUGAGCCUAAGGAAGAGGCUCCGCCAAUGAUGCCGCCCCAGGAGGACCAGGGCUACGGAGGGUACGACAACCAGGAAGGAGGCUACUGA